AUGUCGGCUGAACUGUCAACUCUCGACUUACCACCAGCAAGCAACGGUUUUGGCAAUGCGUCCGUACACAAGAUGCCAAGUAAUUCGACGAUGGGAUGGGAGGAUGAAGAGGAAGAUGUGACCUUCGACUCUCCGCAAGAAGAGAUAGCUCAUUAUAGGGAGAAAUACAGACAGGCUAUUGACAUGUUGACGGAGACCAGAGUAGAGUUAGAGGAGUUCCAGCAAUCGUCUAAAGAAUUGGAAGAUGAGAUGGAACAGGAAUUAGCUGCUAACGAGAAAGUCCAAGGGGAACUGAAAGAGAAGAUCAAAAGGUUAGAGGGUGAGAAGGAGGAAUGGAGGUCGAAACAAAUCGCUUUACAGAAGCUGCAUAGCUCAACUACUGCAGCUAUGCAGCGCGAAAUGGAUAAUCUACGUUCAGAAAGGGAUAAAACCUUGGUCGCUCUGAGGGACUUGGAAAUGGGUAAUGACGAGUUGGAAAGGAAUGAGAGAGUGGCCGUUUCUUCUUUGCUGGAUUUGGAAAGCAAGUAUAACCGAGCUAUCGAGGAGAAAACAUUGUUAGAACAAGAAAUCGUACAGAAGCAGGAUCUGGAAGAGGAAUGUCAGAGGCUGAAGGACGAAAUGCGAGAUGCGAACAAUGAAAUUUCGAUACUGAAAGAUCAACUCGCCCGAAUGAGCCUUCCAACACCACCCUCAUCCAUAUCCGAACCUGUAUCAUCCUCACCUACACAAGAACCGCCUCGAGAACUAGCUGAAGAAGAAGAGAGAGAGAAUGAGGUGGAUCCAGCUUCCAUACCUUUACCACCGCCCGUACCCUACAAGUCAAUCAACAACAGCAGCAUCCCCCAAUCUCCUUCACGCAGAUUACCUCGAAGCGCUACAUCCUCUUCUAUACCUAUCUCAUCACCCAUCACCAAAAAGUUCGCUCCGACCUCAAUCCCACAAUCACCUACCAUGUCAUCUUUAUCACGUUCGACGACUUCUAGAAACUUGGCUGCCGCUGCUAAGUUUACUCCCACGCCUGUACGAACACGUACGAAAUCAGGUUUGCAUCAAUCGCAAGGUUUGGGUGAUAAUUCGCCUGGAACAGUCAGAGUCGCAGCGGUUCAACAGACCAAAUCCAGAGGAUUUAAAUUACUACAUGAUCUUCAAGCAAGGUUGAAAGCUACAGACGACAAAUUAGGUGUAGCCAAGGUACCUAGACGAAACGUCUCGAACCCUCUAUCCAAUCUUGGCGGUGGCGGUAACAAGUCUAGAUCAGCUUCUGCUGCAUCUUCAGCCAAAGAAGAAAAAUCGCAACAACCACAACAACCUAAAUUGACUAAUCCCAGAAUAACCGCAUUAUCUCAAAGUCAAACCCAGAGUCAAGCGGGUGGUGGUACUCCCAUGGCAAGUUCCAACAGUUCGUCAUUGAUGUCUCCAAAUGGAUGGGUAUUGGUAGAUGGAGAAGAGGAUGAUUUCCAAAAUACACCUACAGCCAAUUCGAAUGGUUUCAGACAAAGGGAAGAACCGUUAUCACCUAUAGAUCAGACUUUCGGUAUAGGCAUAGCUCCCAGAGCUGUAUCCAGUGCAUCAAACUCUUCUCAGCGUUCAUUACCUUCUAGACCUGGUAUACCUAGUCCGUUAACAAAUAUGAAUGGAUUAAACAAAUCUACUACAACCACUACUACCACAACGGCUAAUGGUAGAAUAAGUAGGAAACCAACUACAACUGUCCCAUUCCCUACCACGAACCAUCCAAACAGGACGGUGAAGUAUCAAAAUGGAAUAAAUAGAAUACAAGCUUCUCCUGGUAAAUCCAAACCUCGUCCAACAGCUACACCAAUGACACCGGGUAGUAGUAGACCAUUAUCACCCUCGACUUCGACUUCCAGACCGAUGUCGCCUUCGAUGAUACCUACUUCUACGUCUUCUUCCAGACCUAUGUCCCCAUCUUUAAUGAAUAGUAUGACAAGCGCAUCAAGACCAAUGUCACCUUCGAUGUUACCUCGUGCCCAGCCACUUAGGGCACCAUCACCAUCCAUUUCUGCAGUCGCUUCUUCCGCAUCUUCGUCUAGACCAUCAAGUAGAAUGGGAAUUGGUAGAGGUCCACCACCUUCUUUCCAUAAUCGAAACCCUAAUCCCCUGUCGGUGUCCACCAGCAAUAGCGGACAGCAAGGAUUAAGGAGAUCCACAAGAAGAUCCUCCGUAGGUGCUCAUGAACCUCCUACUGGUAUACCUGCACCAUCAUCAAGAGGAGAUGGGUCGAGAACACCCGUACGACCUGUUACGAUCCAUGGGGAUACGCCGCCGCCUGUUCCUAGGAUACCUAGUGCGUUGAGAAAGAAGUAG